CGAUCAGCCUCACAUUUGGCUAUCGCUUACGAUUACAUAGAUAUCCUCUUGAUUGAGUGAUAACAUUGGUCUUCUGCACAAUUGAAUCUUAGAGAACUUCUUGAGCCUCCAGCACCAUGCCGUCGGUAGCCCUCACACUCCGCACUGCGCGCACCUUCUCGCGGAGUAACACAAAGACCUACCUUAACCUUGCACGAAACUUCAGCUCUUCCCUCCGCCGCAAUGAGAUCAACAAGGCCUUCCCGUCCGCGCAAGCUGCGAUCGAGGACAUGAAGUCCAACAGCACCCUUCUUUGCGGUGGCUUCGGUCUCUCUGGUGUACCCGAUACCCUUAUCGAUGCGGUAAAGUCAAACCCCUCUAUCACAGGUUUGACUGCUGUCUCCAACAACGCUGGCGUUGUUGGCGGUGGUCUUGGUCUUCUGCUCGAGAGUAAGCAGGUCCAGAAGAUGAUUGCAUCCUAUGUUGGCGAGAACAAAGUCCUAGAGCAGAUGUAUCUGACCGGCGAACUCGAGCUCGAACUCACACCCCAAGGUACCCUUGCCGAAAGGUGUCGCGCAGGCGGUGCUGGCAUUCCCGCUUUCUACACACCUGCCGCCUUUGGUACCGUUGUCCAGACUGGUGAGCUCGCUCUCCGCCACAACAGCGAUGGCUCGGUCGCCCAGUACUCGACGCCACGCGAUGUCAAGGUCUUCGACGGCAAGUCGUUCGUCAUGGAGGAAGCUAUCAAGGGUGACUACGCCUUCAUUAAAGCCUACAAAGCCGACCGCCUGGGCAACGUCCAGUUCCGCUUCAGCGCUCAGAACUUCAACGGCGCAAUGGCACGCAACGCCAAAGUCACAAUCGUCGAAGCAGAGCACAUCGUCGAAGUCGGCGAGAUCGAGCCCAAUGCCGUCCACGUUCCCGGCAUCUACGUCGACCGCGUCAUUCAAUCCACUGCCGAGAAGAAAAUCGAGAAGACCGUCAACGCCAAAGACCCCGCGGAUGCCGUCAACGCCCUCGGCUCAGGCGAUGCAGCAAGCAAGCGCGAGCGCAUCGUGCGUCGAGCAGCAAAGGAAUUCAAGAACGGCAUGUACGCAAACCUCGGAAUCGGCAUGCCCAUGCUAGCCCCCUCCUUCGUCGACGCCAGCGUAGAAGUCCAGCUGCAAUCCGAGAACGGCAUUCUCGGACUCGGGCCCUACCCACAAAAGGGCCUCGAGGACCCUGACCUCAUCAACGCGGGUAAAGAGACCGUCACACUGCUACCCGGCGCGUCCUGCUUCGGCUCUGAGGAGUCGUUCGGCAUGAUUCGCGCGGGCAAGAUCAACCUCACCAUCCUCGGCGCCAUGCAGGUCUCCGCGCGGGGCGAUCUGGCGAACUGGAUGUUGCCGGGCAAAGUGAAAGGAUUUGGUGGUGCGAUGGAUUUGGUGUCGAAUCCUAGCAUGACUAAGGUCGUGGUUACUAUGGAGCACACGGAUAAGAAGGGCAGGCCGAAGAUUCUCAAGCAGUGCGAGUUCCCGCUCACGGGCAAGGCUUGUGUGAGCAGGAUUAUUACGGACCUGUGUGUGUUCGAUGUUGACUUUACGGAGGGUCUCACCCUCAUUGAGCUCGCGGACGGCGUCACGGUCGAUGAAGUGCGGUCGAAGACCGGAGCUGAUUUCAAGGAGGCUGCUGAGAUCAAGCCUAUGCUAUAAGUUACUUCUUUUUCGUACUGAUCUAAAUGCUUGUAUGUACGUAUGCGCAGCGCAUGUUGAUACCUGAUCUGGAGUCCAAAAUGAACGCAUCUAUCCUUCUGCC